AUGGCGUCAAUCUGCCGGAGGGGGCUCGGUCAUUGCUCAGAUGAUGGCAAUGGUGGUCAAACUAGCCCCAAGUUGUUCAACAGAGCCCUUGCCAGGAGUCUGUACUGGGUGAAGCAGUAUAACUACGACGAUCUGGAAGCCAAAGUGAAGGACGAGAGUGUUAGAGAGAAUUCGGUUGCCAGUUACCAGCUUCGCUUCCUACGAGCACCCGAUUACCAGACCCUGUUCAAUGCCAGUAUUGGUGUCAAUUCGUCAGCUGCCGGGUUCGACUACGCUCUUCGAGGGUGCCUCUCACACUUUACCGUCGAUGAACUGACGGAGAUGAAGUUGCUGUACCCUGCUAGCGGUACGACGAAAAACAUUGAAUACAACACUAAUUUCGCGCAGGCUGGUCUGAUAUCUCGGGAUAUCGUGUUAGCCUGCCUUGGCUAUUGGCUAGCUUCUUCCGUGGACAGGGAGUGGCAGGGGAAGUAUAUCGUUAUUCCCGCUGUACAUCCAUCCUCACAAAAUUCCCAUCUCUGGACCCCUGAGAUCCAAAUCGAUAUAUGGCGGCAAUCUUUCAACAUCCUGAGGAUUUUUGGUAUUGGCCAAUCAGGGUCUAUGAGUACACCAAAACUGGCAGCGCUGGCGCAAAGUACCACUGAUAACUAG